UUAAGAAGCGCGUAGUACUUUGAGGAAGCAGAGCAGACAUCUCUGGAUCAAACCCGUCAAGUCGCCGACUUCCUUCGCGGCUUCGUCCUCCGGCUGGUGCCAGCACGGCAGCACCGCCACUUCGCCAGGAGCCAGCACCGUAGCACGCCUUGUUAGUCGUCGCCUACUCGCCACACGCCCGUCUCCCGGUCUCCCGCUCUCCACCACUCACCCUUAGGCGGUUCGGCCAACCCGGCCAUCUCAAUAUCCGCCUUCCGACCUUCCCUAGUUCCAAUAGACUGAACAAUUGAUCAAUGGAAGAGGUCGGGCAGAAGACGCCGGUAAUUUUCAAAGACAUUAGGAGAUACUGCUGCGAGUUCUGUGGUAUUAUCCGUUCCAAGAAAACACUCAUCUCUUCUCAUAUCCUUUCCCAUCACCAGGAUGAGCUCAAAUCAAAACGUGAAUCUGAAGAUUCGGAUGAAAAGUUGCCAAAAAUUCACACAUGUGAAGAGUGUGGCGUGAAGUUCAGGAAAUAUGCCUAUUUGAAGCAGCAUAUGCAAAGUCAUUCCCCUGAGAUUGAGAUUUAAAGGUUUAAUUGAUUAUCCAUUAUCAGAAGUGUGAAGCAUUGGAUCCCAUUCAAUGAACUCCAAAAUGCGCAUGGCAUUCAUAUGAUCUUGAAUGGAAUAGUACCAGGCAGGGGGACCUCCUGAGAAGCUCCAUCAAGUAGGCCUGAAUCACGCUGUCUUCUUCCGAGGCCAUUCACUUGCCCAAUAGAUGAUUGCAAGUCUAGCUACAGAAGGAAGGAUCACUUGACUAGACAUCUCCUUCAGCAUAAAGGCAAGCUGUUUGAUUGUACGGUUGAUGGUUGUGGCCGGAAAUUUAGUUACAAUAGUAAUGCUAAACGUCAUGUACUGGAGAUGCAUGACCAGUGUUCUGCAAGUGAUGAUGCUGAAGCACCAAAGCAGCAGCAGGUGUGCACCGAAGUUGGCUGUGGAAAGUCUUUCAAGUAUCCAUCCCAAUUAAAGAAACAUGAAGAUUCGCAUGUGAAGUUAGAGACAGUUAAAGCAUUUUGUGCAGAACCUGGGUGCUUAAAGCAUUUCACUAAUCAACAGUGCCUUAAAGAACACAUUCUGUCCUCCCACCAACAUAUUGUCUGUGAGACAUGUGGAACAAAGCAACUAAAGAAGAAUAUAAAGCGUCAUCUUCGAAUGCAUGAAGCUCGGCCUUCGUCGGAGAGAAUCAAGUGUGACUUUAAGGACUGUGAGCGUACAUUUGCAACAAGAUCAAAUCUAAAUCAACAUGUGAAAGCUUUUCACCAAUCACUGAAGCCAUUUGUCUGCAGUAUUUCUGGCUGUGGUGCGAGAUUUUCAUUUAAGCAUGUGAGAGAUAACCAUGAAAAGUCUGGAUGCCACGUUUACACUGAAGGAGACUUUGUAGAGUCUGAUGAGCAAUUCCGUUCAAAGGAAAGAGGUGGUAGGAAAAGGAAGCUUCCUGUUUUGGAGACUUUGAUGAGUAAAAGAAUUGUCCCGCCUAGAGAUACUGAUCCUAUUCUUGAGCAUGGUCCAGAAUACUUGGCGUGGUCGCUUUCUGCUGGGUCUCAAGAUGAAUCCUGAAUUGUCUUUGGUCUCUCCUGUUAGAGGAUAUAAAUGUAUUUAUGGGUGUUAAAGGGUUAUCAUGUGAGGGUUUGAGAAUUACACGAGUUACUUUUGGCGUGAAGUAAAAAUGUGUUCAUAAUUUUAACUUUUAAACUAUAAAUGCAAUGUAAAUGAGGCCAUAAUUGUACGUAUGGUAAGUAUAUUAAUACUCCCUACAUCCCAAUAUAAAAGGCACACAUUCCUUUUUGGGCCGUCCUAAAUUCCUAAUAUCAAAG